GGUGGGGCCGUGCGGUCCUCGCGCCGGCCGUUGCCGGGCGCCUGUUGCUAGGGGCGCCGUUGCCACGGACGCCCGUCUGGCUUCGGACUCGGUCUGUCUUGCUGGGCUCCGGGUGCACCGCACAGCGCCAUGGACGACCUGCGGGUGCUGUGGAUGCGCGACCUUGUGUACUCGGCCUUCAGCAUCACAGACCCCCAGCUCUUCGAGGAGCUGCUGAACCGCGACGAUGGCGAGGCCGAGGACGUCAUCCUGCACUUCCUCAACCAGAUGAGCGACGAGGAGGGCGCCGCCACGCUCUUCUUCUACCGCACCGCGGUGCCGGAGGAAGUAGAGGUGGAGAUCGACAAGGAGAUGCCUGCCCUGUCCGAAGAUGAGGAGGAGGAAGAAGAGAGUGGGUCCAUGGAUAGGGGACCAGUUAAGAAUUUGCUGAUGAGUGGCGAGUCCUUGGCUACUCCACUCGGCACAGAGGAUGAAGAUUUGGAAAAUGUCCCCCCCAAAAGGAUGGUGAAGCGUGUCGUGGAGAAAACCUAUCUCCAGGUGCUCUGCACCCCGGUUCCCGAGGAGUUUCUGAACCAGACUGUGUUGUUUUUUCUCAGAAACACACAAGAGUCAAUCCCUGAGGCCAGCGAUAUGAAGGAGGCGAUGGAGAUCAUGCCUGAAACGCUGGAGUAUGGCGUCAUCAACGCCCAUGUCCUUCACCUCCUGAGGGGCAUCAUUUGCCAGGUGUUUUUGCCAGCGUUGUCCUUCAACCAGCACAAGACAGACAUGACCCUGGGAGUCUCAUCUGCGAAGCCAUCUGAUUCUUUCUUAUACGACAUAGACCUGCCCGGGGAGCCGGUGGAGUACCACAGCGUCCAGCUCAUACGGGACGAAUUCUUAAUGAACCUUCAGAAAUUUGCAAACAGCAUUCAGAGAACAAUGCAGCAGCUGGAAGGUGAGAUCAAGUUGGAAAUGCCAAGCAUCAGUUUAGAGGGCGAGGUGUCUAACCUGGCGGCUGACCCAGACACCGUGGAAACCUUGGAGCAGUGUGUGAUAAACUGGUUGAAUCAGAUAUCUGCAGCUGUCGAGGGCCAGCUGAAGAAGACACCCCAGGGUAAUGGCCCUCUGGCCGAAAUUGAGUUCUGGCGGGAAAGAAACGCCACCUUAAGUGCCCUCUAUGAGCAGACAAAGCUUCCGACAGUCAGAAAAGUCUUGGACGUGAUCAGGGAGUCGGACUCCCUGCUGGUGGCCAACCUGCAGCCAGUCUUGGCGGAGCUGUUCAAGUACCACAUCGAGGCCUCGGACAACGUGCGCUUUCUCUCCACCGUGGAGCGUCACUUCAAGAACAUCACACACGGGGCCAGCUUCCAGGUGGUGCUGGACACCAUCCCCUCCAUGAUGAGCGCCCUGCGUAUGGUGUGGAUCAUCUCCCGGCACUUCAACAAGGACGAGAGGAUGAUCCCGCUCAUGGAGCGCGUGGCCUGGGAAAUCGCCGACAGGGUGUGCCGGGUGGUCAACCUUCGCACCCUGUUCAAGGAGAACCGAACCAGCGCCCAACACAAAACCCUGGAGGCCAAGAACACCCUCAAGAUGUGGAAGAAGGCCUACUUUGACACCCGCGCCAAGAUCGAGGCCUCCGGCAGAGAGGCCCGGUGGGAGUUUGACCGGAAGCGGCUAUUUGAGAAGACGGAUUACAUGGCCUCCAUCUGCCAGGACCUCUAUGACGUUUUGCAGGUUAUGGAGGAAUUCUACAAUAUAUUUGGUCCAGAACUGAAGGCUGUGACAGGGGACCCCAAGCGUAUCGACGACGUCCUGUGCAGAGUGGACAGCCUGGUCACCCCCAUGGAAAACCUCACCUUCGACCCCUUCAGCAACAAGUCCGCCCAGUACUGGAAAUUCGUGAUGGACGACUUCAAGAUCGAAGUCCUGAUUAUUGAGAAAGAAGCAAAAAAUUUCAUUGAUGAAUCUUUUAAGACACUUCGAUCCGCCGAAGCGGCCUUUGACAUGCUCUUAAAAUUUAAGCAUAUUCGUUCGCGAGAGGCUGUGAAUCGGCAGAUGAUGAUGAAAUUUAAUGACAUUCUCGCCCAAUAUUGUAAAGAGAUUGACAUCGUGAAUAAGAUCUUUGUCAAGAACCUUGAAAACCCUCCUCUGUACAAGAACCACCCUCCGGUGGCAGGCUCCAUCUACUGGGAGCGGUCUCUGUUCUUCCGCAUCAAGCACACCAUCCUCAGGUUCCAGGAAGUGGAGGAGAUCCUGGACAGUGAGCGGGGCCAGGAGGUCAAACAAAAAUAUCUGGAGGUGGGUCGGACGAUGAAGGACUACGAGGACCACAAGUAUGAGCAGUGGAAGGAGACCACGGAGCAGGUCCUGCCCAACCUCAUGAAGAAGAGCCUGCUCACUAAGACAUCUGCCAACAAUGAGGAGGCGUCGACUCUGGAAAAGGGGGCUAUUUUUGUAAUCAAUUUUUCUCCAGCUCUCAAAGAGAUUAUUCAUGAAACCAAGUACUUGGAACAGCUGGGAUUCCCUGUCCCUGAACUCGCAAGAAACAUUGCUCUCCAAGAGGACAAAUUUCUUAGGUACACAGACGGGAUGCAGCGUAUGCUGGACCACUACCACAUGCUCAUUGGAACCCUGAAUGAGGCAGAGACUCUCCUCCUUGAUGAUCACUCGCAGGAGCUGGUCCGCGUGUUCAGAUCUGGCUACAAGAGGCUGAACUGGAACUCGUUAGGUAUUGCUGACUAUAUAAGUCGGUGCAAACAGGCCAUUGGGAAGUUCGAGUCUCUUGUCCACCAGAUUCACAAGAAUUCCGACGACAUUUCCUCCAGGCUCACGUUCAUAGAGUCCGUAAACCUCUUUAAAUAUCCGGCACCUAAAAGUGAGGAGGAGCUUCCAGGAGUGAAGGAAUUCUUUGAGUACAUUGAGCGAGAGAGGGCCAGAGACAUCGACCACAUGGUCCGGUGGAAUCUGCAGUCUUUUAAUUCUCUAGUCCUGGGGAACAUCCCUCUGUUCCAAGUGGAGACCAUUCUGACGGCUCCUGAGAUCAUCCUUCACCCCAAUACAAACGAGAUUGACAAGCUGUGUGUCAACUGCGUCCGAAACUGCGUGGAGAUCACCAAGCAUUUUGUGCGAUGGAUGAAUGGCAGCUGCAUACAAUGCCCACCCCAGAAGGGGGAGGAAGAAGAAAUUGUUAUAAUAAGCUUCCACAAUGACAUCUGCGUGAACCCUCAGAUAAUUGAGCAAGCUGUCAUGAUCCCCCAAAAUGUCCACAGGCUGCUGAUCAAUCUCAUGAAGUACCUGCAGAGGUGGAAGCGCUAUCGACCCCUCUGGAAACUGGACAAAGCUAUUGUGAUGGAGAAAUUUGCUGCCAAGAGACCUCCUUGUGUGGCCUACGAUGAAAAGCUGCAGUUCUAUUCCAAGAUUGCUGGUGAUGUGAUGCGCCACCCGCUGGUCAAGGAUGAGCACUGCAUCAGACUGCAGCUGGGACCACUGGCCAGUACUGUACAGGAAAAUGCCAAGUCCUGGGUGCUGUCACUGGGGAGGCUCCUCAAUGAGUCGGCUAAGGAGGAGCUGGAAAGUCUCCAAGAAGAGAUUGAGUCCCUGUCCAAAAAUCUUAAGAAGAGUCCCAGCACCCUUGAAGAGCUCAAGUUCGUUCUUGCAACAAUUGCAGAAAUUAAAAGUAAAUCUUUGGUCAUGGAACUAAGAUACAAGGACGUCCAGGAGCGCUACCGGACCCUGGCCAUGUAUAAAAUCUUUCCUCCUGAAGCAGAGCAAGAACAGGUUAACAACAUAGAGAACAUGUGGGUCGGUCUCUUCAACGAGGCGCUGAACGUCGAUCACGCUCUCUUAGGCAUAAAGAGAACGUUCACCGAGAUCACUCGGGGUGAAAUAAUGAACUACAAAUUACAGAUAGAGAACUUUGCAAAACGCUUUUACAGUGAAGGCCCUGGUUCUGUUGGUGAAGACCUUGACAGAGGUGUAGAACUCCUAGGCGUUUUUGAAAAGGAGCUCGCAAAGCACGAGAAGAACCGCCAGGAGCUGGCCAACGCCGAGAAGCUCUUUGACCUUCCCAUCACGUUGUACCCAGAGCUACUCAAGGUGCAGAAGGAGAUGAACGGCCUUAGGAUGAUCUAUGACCUCUACGAGGGCCUGAAGGUCGCCAAAGAAGAAUGGUCCCAGACCCUGUGGGUGAACCUGAACGUGCAGGUCCUCCAGGAAGGCAUCGACGGGUUCUUCAGGAGCCUCAGAAAGCUGCCACGGCACAUCCGCACCUUGACGGUGGCCUUCCACUUGGAAGCAAAGAUGAAGGCCUUCAAAGAGUCAGUUCCUUUACUCCUGGACCUGAAACACGAGGCACUAAGGGACAGGCACUGGAAGGAGCUCAUGGAAAAAACAGGCGUCUUUUUCGAAAUGACCGAAACGUUCACCUUGGAAAACAUGUUUGCUAUGGAGCUGGACAAGCACACGGAUAUCCUCAAUGAGAUCGUCACAGCGGCCGUCAAGGAGGUGGCCAUCGAGAAGGCUGUGAAGGAUAUUCUGGACACAUGGGAAAAUAUGAAAUUCAACGUGCUCAAGUAUUACAAAGGCACCCAGGAGCGAGGCUACAUAUUGGGAUCUGUGGACGAAAUCAUUCAGAGUCUUGAUGACAACACUGUCAAUCUGCAGAGCAUCUCGGGAAGCAGAUUCGUGGGCCCGUUUCUGCAAACUGUUCACAAAUGGGAAAAAACGCUUUCUCUCAUAGGGGAAGUCAUUGAGAUCUGGAUGUUGGUCCAGAGAAAAUGGAUGUAUCUCGAGAGCAUCUUCAUUGGUGGAGACAUCAGAUCUCAGCUUCCCGAUGAGGCGAAAAAGUUUGACAACAUUGACCGAGUGUUUAAAAGGAUCAUGGGCGAGACCCUGAAGGACCCAGUGAUCAAGAGGUGCUGCGAGGCCCCCAACCGCCUGAGCGACCUGCAGCACAUCAGCGAGGGGCUGGAGAAGUGUCAGAAGAGCCUGAACGACUACCUGGACUCCAAGAGGAACGCCUUCCCCAGGUUCUUCUUCAUCUCUGACGACGAGCUGCUCAGCAUCCUGGGCAACAGCGACCCACUCUGCGUCCAGGAGCACAUGAUCAAGAUGUACGACAACAUAGCCCAGCUGCGGUUCCACGACGGGGACAGUGGGGAGAAGCUGGUGUCGGCCAUGAUCUCGGCAGAGGGCGAGGUGAUGGAGUUCCGCAAGAUCAUCCGGGCCGAGGGCCGCGUGGAGGACUGGAUGACGGCCGUGCUGAACGAAAUGAGACGGACCAACAGGCUGAUUACCAAGGAGGCGAUUUUCAGAUACUGCGAGGACAGGAGCAGAGUGGACUGGAUGCUGCUGUACCAGGGCAUGGUGGUGCUGGCCGCCAGCCAGGUGUGGUGGACCUGGGAGGUGGAGGACGUCUUCCACAAGGUGCAGGCUGGCGAGAAGCAGGCCAUGAAGAACUACGGCAAGAAGAUGCACAGGCAAAUCGAUGAGCUGGUGACGCGGAUCACCAAGUCCCUGAGCAAAAAUGACCGGAAGAAAUACAACACGGUUCUCAUCAUCGAUGUGCACGCCCGGGACAUUGUCGACUCCUUCAUCCGAGGCAGCAUUCUCGAGGCCCGGGAGUUCGAGUGGGAGAGUCAGCUGCGCUUCUACUGGGACCGGGAGCCAGACCAGCUGUACAUCCGCCAGUGCACGGGCACCUUCAGCUACGGCUACGAGUACAUGGGCCUCAAUGGGAGGCUGGUCAUCACACCCCUCACAGACCGGAUCUACCUGACGCUCACGCAGGCCCUGUCCAUGUACCUGGGAGGGGCCCCUGCUGGCCCUGCAGGUACUGGCAAAACUGAGACCACCAAGGACCUCGCCAAAGCUCUGGGCCUUCUCUGUGUCGUGACCAACUGUGGAGAAGGCAUGGAUUACAAAGCGGUGGGGAAGAUCUUCUCGGGCCUCGCCCAGUGUGGGGCGUGGGGCUGCUUCGAUGAGUUCAACCGCAUCGACGCCUCGGUGCUGUCGGUCAUCUCGUCCCAGAUCCAGACCAUCCGGAACGCCCUGAUCCACCAGUUGGCCACGUUCCAGUUUGAAGGACAGGAGAUCACCCUGGACCCGCGGAUGGGCAUCUUCAUCACCAUGAAUCCCGGCUACGCGGGGCGCACGGAGCUGCCUGAGUCCGUGAAGGCCCUGUUCCGGCCCGUGGUGGUCAUCGUCCCUGACCUGCAGCAGAUCUGCGAGAUCAUGCUGUUCUCCGAGGGCUUCCUGUUGGCCAAGACGCUGGCCAAGAAGAUGACCGUCCUGUACAAGCUGGCCCAGGAGCAGCUGUCCAAGCAGCACCACUAUGACUUCGGGCUCCGCGCGCUGAAGUCCGUGCUGGUGAUGGCCGGCGAGCUGAAGAGGGGCUCCUCGGAGCUGCAGGAGGACGUGGUGCUCAUGAGGGCCCUGCGGGACAUGAACCUGCCCAAGUUUGUGUUCGAGGACGUCCCUCUUUUCCUGGGCCUGAUUAGUGACCUGUUCCCGGGGCUGGACUGCCCUCGCGUCCGCUACCCCGACUUCAACGACGCGGUGGAGCAGGUGCUGUCCGAGAGCGGCUACGAGCUCCUGCCGGUGCAGGUGGAUAAAGUGGUGCCUUCCAUGCCGCGGGAGCCGUGCUUCCGCUGCUCCAUGAUCCCUCAGGCAUGGCGGGUCCUGGGUUGCCGCAGGUAUAUCUUAUUCGAUGGAGACGUGGACGCUCUGUGGGUGGAGAACAUGAACUCUGUGAUGGACGACAACAAGCUGCUGACGCUGGCCAACGGCGAGCGCAUCCGGCUCCAGGCACACUGCGCCCUGCUGUUUGAGGUUGGAGAUUUACAGUACGCCUCCCCUGCAACUGUGUCUCGAUGUGGAAUGGUGUAUGUAGAUCCUAAAAACUUGAAAUACCAACCGUACUGGAAAAAGUGGGUUCAUCAAAUACAAAAUAAGGAGGAGCAAAAAUAUCUGGAUAGUCUCUUUGAGAAAUACGUGCCCUACCUCAUGGACGUGAUCGUGGAGGGUAUAGUGGACGGAAGACAAGGGGAGAAGCUGAAGACCAUAGUGCCCCAGACGGACCUAAACAUGGUGACCCAGUUAGCCAAGAUGUUGGAUGCCUUACUGGAGGGAGAAAUCGAGGACCCCGACCUGCUGGAGUGCUUCUUCUUGGAGGCCCUGUACUUCUCCCUGGGUGCCUCCCUGCUCGAGGAUGGAAGGAUUAAAUUUGAUGAAAGCGUCAAACGCAUUGCUUCUUUGCCCACUGCUGACACAGAGGAGGUUUGGGCCAAACCUGGGGAACUGCCAGGCCAGCUUCCAACUUUGUACGAGUUUCAUUUCGAUUCCAAACGGAACCAUUGGAUCCCCUGGAGUAAGCUGGUUCCAGAGUACGUGCAUGACCACCAGAGGAAGUUCAUGGACAUCCUGGUUCACACAGUGGAUACAACCCGCACCACCUGGAUAUUGGAACAAAUGGUCAAAAUUAAGCAGCCUGUUAUUUUUGUUGGUGAAUCUGGCACUUCUAAGACAGCCACUACCCAGAACUUCCUAAGACACCUCAGUGAAGACACUAAUAUUGUGCUCAUGGUCAGUUUCUCGUCCCGCACCACGUCCAUGGAUAUCCAGAGAAACUUGGAAGCCAACGUGGAAAAGCGGACCAGAGACACCUAUGGCCCCCCCAUGGGCAAAUGCCUCCUGGUGUUCAUGGACGACAUGAAUAUGCCCAAGGUGGAUGAAUAUGGCACCCAGCAGCCAAUUGCCCUGCUGAAGCUGCUGCUGGAAAAAGGCUACUUGUACGACCGUGGGAAGGAGCUGAACUGUAAGAACAUCCGGGACCUCGGCUUCAUCGCUGCCAUGGGGAAAGCCGGAGGAGGCCGCAACGAGGUGGACCCCAGGUUCCUUUCACUGUUCAGCACCUUCAACGUGCCGUUCCCUUCAGAGGAGUCCUUGUACCUGAUUUACUUCUCCAUCCUGAAAGGCCACACCGCGGACUUUCACGAGAGCAUCGUGGCAGUGAGUGGCCUGCUGACCUCCUGCACGCUGACGCUCUACAAGAACAUCGUCCAGGACCUGCCGCCCACCCCUUCAAAGUUCCAUUACAUCUUCAACCUCCGUGAUCUCUCCCGGGUGUUCAGUGGCCUUGUGCUCACCAACCCCCAGCGGUUCCAGACGGUGGCCCAGAUGGUGAGAGUCUGGAGGAAUGAGUGUCUGAGGGUCUUCCAUGACCGGCUGAUCAACGAAACAGACAAGCAGCUGGUGCAAGAUCACAUAGGAAACUUGGUUUUGGAGCACUUUGAGGAGGAUGAGGAGGUAGUGAUGAGGGAUCCCAUUCUGUUUGGGGACUUUCGGAUGGCUCUGCAUGAGGAGGAGACACGUAUCUACGAGGACAUCCAGGACUACGAGGCGGCCAAAGCGCUGUUCCAGGAAAUUCUUGAGGAGUACAAUGAGAUCAACACCAGGAUGAACUUGGUGCUCUUCGAUGACGCACUGGAGCACUUGACCCGCGUACAUCGCAUCAUCCGCAUGGACCGCGGCCAUGCGCUGCUGGUGGGCGAGGGUGGCUCGGGGAAGCAGUCGCUCGCAAGGCUGGCCGCCUUCACGGCUGGCUACGAGGUGUUUGAGAUCAUGCUGAGCCGAGGCUACUCUGAGAACAGCUUCCGGGAGGAUCUGAAGAGCCUUUACAUGAAGCUGGGGCUGGAGAACAAGACGAUGAUCUUCCUGUUCACAGACGCGCACGUGGCUGAGGAGGGCUUCCUGGAGCUCAUCAACAACAUGCUUACUUCAGGGAUCGUCCCUGCACUGUUCACAGAUGAGGAAAAGGACAUCAUUUUCAGCCAGCUUGGACAGGAAGCCCUAAAGCAGGGCAUGGGGCCGGCCAAGGAGUCUGUGUGGCAGUACUUCGUGAACAAGAGUGCAAAUAAUCUGCACAUUGUCCUGGGCAUGUCCCCUGUGGGGGACACACUGAGGACCCGCUGCAGGAAUUUCCCAGGUCUGGUGAAUAACACUGGGAUCGACUGGUUCAUGUCCUGGCCUCCCCAAGCCCUGCACGCAGUCGCCAAAUCAUUUUUAGGGGCUAAUCCAAUGAUCCCAGGAGAAAAUAUAGAAGACCUGGUGGAACACGUGGUCUUGGUCCAUGAGUCCGUUGGUGAAUUCAGCAAACAAUUUCUCCAGAAACUGAGGCGCAGCAACUAUGUGACGCCUAAGAAUUACCUGGAUUUUAUUAAUACGUACUCGAAGUUGCUGGAUGAGAAGACUCAGUUUAACAUAGCUCAGUGCAAGCGCCUGGAGGGCGGGCUGGACAAGCUGAAGGAGGCCACCAUCCAGCUGGACGAGCUGAACCAGAAGCUGGCUGAGCAGAGGGUCGUGCUGGCUGAGAAGUCAGCUGCCUGCGAGGCCCUGCUGGAGGAGAUCUCCACCAACACCGCUGUAGCGGAGGAGAAGAAGAAGCUGGCGGAGGAGAAGGCCAUCGAGAUAGAGGAGCAGAAUAAGAUCAUCGCGGUGGAGAAGACAGAGGCCGAGACAGCCCUUGCCGAGGUCAUGCCCAUCCUGGAGGCCGCCAAGCUGGAGCUGCAGAAGCUGGAUAAGUCGGAUGUGACGGAGAUCAGGUCCUUUGCCAAGCCACCGAGGCAGGUGCAGACCGUGUGCGAGUGCAUCCUCAUCAUAAAGGGCUACAAGGAGCUCAACUGGAAGACCGCCAAAGGCAUGAUGUCCGACCCCAACUUCCUGCGGUCUCUGAUGGAGCUCGACUUCGACUCCAUUUCCCAGAGCCAGGUUAAAAGCAUCAAGGGCCUCUUGAAGACCCUCAAUACCACGAUUGAGGAAAUGGAGGCCGUGAGCAAAGCUGGUCUGGGGAUGCUCAAGUUCGUGGAGGCCGUCAUGGGCUACUGUGAUGUCUUCAGGGAGAUCAAGCCCAAGAGAGAAAAGGUGGCCCGGCUGGAGCGGAAUUUCUACCUCACUAAACGGGAACUGGAAAAGAUCCAGAAUGAAUUGGCUGCGAUCCAGAGAGAACUGGAAGCGCUGGGGGCCAAGUACGAGGCCGCCAUCCUUGAGAAGCAGAAGCUCCAGGAGGAAGCCGAGAUCAUGGAGAGGCGGCUGAUUGCCGCGGACAAACUCAUCUCGGGUCUAGGAUCAGAAAACGUCAGGUGGCUGAAAGACCUGGAGGAGCUCAAGCACCGGCGGGUGAAGCUGCUGGGGGACUGUCUGCUGUGCGCGGCCUUCCUGAGCUAUGAGGGCGCCUUCACCUGGGAGUUCCGGGACGAGAUGGUCAAUCAGGUGUGGCAGAGCGACAUCCUGAGGCGGGAGAUCCCCCUGAGCCAGCCUUUCCGACUAGAGAAUCUGCUCACAGAUCCUGUGUCUUUAUCUUUCUGGUCUUUGCUCCCUCCUGAUUCUUCCUGCCGCCCCUGGCUCCUCCAUUUCUGGGUGGAGCCAUCCCCUGUGCAGCGCUUGGUCUCACAGUUGGCAAGGGCAGGCGUGCGGCUCUCAGCUCCUGCCCCUGUCUUCUAGGUGGCCUCCUUCAACGACUCCGACUUCCUGAAACAGCUGGAGAUGUCCAUCAAGUACGGGACCCCUUUUCUUUUCCAUGAUGUGGACGAGUACAUCGAUCCUGUGAUUGACAAUGUCCUAGAAAAAAACAUCAAGUACACUCAGGGGCGGCAGUUCAUCAUCCUGGGGGACAAGGAGGUCGACUACGAUUCCAACUUCAGGCUCUACCUGAACACCAAGCUGGCCAACCCCAGGUACAGCCCAUCGGUGUUUGGAAAGGCCAUGGUCAUCAACUACACCGUCACACUGAAGGGCCUGGAGGACCAGCUGCUGAGUGUGCUGGUGGCCUUCGAGAGGCGUGAGCUGGAGGAGCAGCGGGAGCAUCUCAUCCAGGAGACGAGUGAGAACAAGAACCUGCUGAAGGACCUGGAGGAUUCCCUCCUCCGGGAGCUGGCCACCUCCACUGGGAACAUGCUGGAUAACGUGGAGCUGGUGCAGACCCUGGAGGACACCAAGUCCAAGGCCACGGAGGUGUCAGACAAGCUCAAGCUGGCGGAGAAGACAGCCCUGGACAUCGACAGGCUGCGGGACGGCUACCGGCCGGCCGCCAGGAGGGGAGCCAUCCUGUUCUUCGUGCUGUCCGAGAUGGCGCUGGUGAACUCCAUGUACCAGUACUCCCUGAGCGCCUUCCUGGAGGUCUUUGGGUUGUCCCUGAAGAAAUCGCUGCCAGAUUCUAUCCUCAUGAAGCGGCUCAAGAACAUCAUGGACACCUUGACCUUCAACAUCUACAACUAUGGCUGCACAGGGCUGUUCGAGAAGCAUAAGUUACUCUUUUCCUUCAACAUGACCAUCAAGAUAGAGCAAGCCGAGGGAAAAAUCCCCCAGGAAGAAUUGGAUUUCUUUUUAAAAGGAAACAUCUCCCUGGAGAAGAGCCAGAGGAAGAAGCCCUGCCCGUGGCUGUCCGACCAGGGGUGGGAGGACGUCAUUCUUCUAUCAGAAAUGUUUUCCAAUAAGUUUGGGCAGCUUCCUGGUGACGUGGAGGAUAAUAUCACCCUCUGGCAGGAGGUGAUCCCACAUCUUCUCUCCCCUUUUCCACCUGCCAGCAACCUCCAGCUGACCAUACCUGCCCCUUGGGAAACCCUGGCCCUGGGCUGCCCUCCGGGAGGGUUUUUCAAUUUCGUUUCUUUCCCCAGGUAUGUGCAGCCCCCGAUGAUCAGCUUUGAAAGCAUUUUUGAGCAGAGCACGCCCAUGUCGCCCAUUGUGUUUAUCCUGAGUCCUGGCUCCGACCCUGCCAGCGACCUCAUGAAACUAGCCGAGAGGACUGGUUUUGGAGGAAACCGCCUCAAAUUUCUCGCAAUGGGUCAAGGUCAAGAAAAGGUGGCCCUGCAGCUGCUGGAGACAGCGGUGGCUCGUGGGCAGUGGCUGAUGCUGCAGAACUGCCACCUUCUGGUCAAGUGGCUGAAAGAGCUGGAGAAGUCCCUGGAGAGGAUCACCAAGCCCCACCCGGACUUCCGCUUGUGGCUCACCACUGACCCUACCAGGGACUUCCCCAUUGGGAUCCUGCAGAAGUCCUUAAAGGUUGUCACGGAGCCACCCAAUGGGCUCAAACUGAACAUGCGGGCAACGUACUUCAAGAUCUCGCCCGAGAUGCUGGAGCAGUGCCCGCACACGGCCUUCAAGCCCCUGGUCUACGUGCUGGCCUUCUUCCACGCCGUGGUGCAGGAGAGGAGGAAGUUCGGGAAGAUCGGCUGGAACGUGUCCUAUGACUUCAACGAGUCUGACUUCCAGGUCUGCAUGGAAAUUCUGAACACAUAUUUAACAAAAGCCUUCCAGCAGCAGGACCCUCGGAUCCCUUGGGGCAGCCUCAAGUACCUGAUCGGGGAGGUCAUGUAUGGAGGACGCGCCAUCGACAGCUUUGACCGUCGCAUUCUGACCACCUAUAUGGACGAGUACCUGGGAGACUUCAUUUUUGACACUUUCCAGCCCUUCCACUUCUUCCGGAACAAGGAGGUGGACUACAAAAUCCCUGUUGGUGAUGUGAAGGACAAAUUUGUUGAAGCCAUCGAGGCGCUCCCGCUUGCCAACACACCUGAGGUGUUUGGCCUUCAUUCCAAUGCCGAGAUUGGGUAUUACACACAGGCGGCUCGGGACAUGUGGGCCCACCUGCUGGAGCUGCAGCCACAGACGGGGGAAUCCAGCAGUGGCAUCAGCCGCGACGAUUACAUCAGCCAGGUGGCCAAGGACAUCCAAAACAAGAUGCCCAAGGUGUUUGACUUGGACCAGAUCCGGAAGUACCUGGGUGUAGGGAUCACGCCCACCGCGGUGGUGCUCUUGCAGGAGCUGGGGCGCUUCAACAAGCUCGUGACGAGGAUGAGCAAGUCUCUGGCAGAGCUUCAGAGGGCCCUGGCUGGAGAGGUUGGAAUGAGCAAUGAGCUAGAUGAUGUCGCCAGGUCUCUUUUUAUUGGGCAUAUCCCUAAUAUCUGGAGGAAGCUGGCCCCGGACACCUUGAAGUCCCUGGGGAACUGGAUGAUCUAUUUCCUGCGGCGGUUCAGCCAGUACACGCUGUGGGUCAAUGAGGGUGAGCCCCCUGUGAUGUGGCUGUCAGGACUGCAAAUCCCAGAGUCCUACCUCACAGCCCUGGUGCAGGCCACCUGCCGGAAGAAUGGCUGGCCGCUAGACCGGUCCACCCUGUUCACACAAGUGACCAAGUUCCAAGAUGCAGAAGAGGUGAAUGAGCGGGCAGGACAAGGGUGCUUUGUCUCGGGACUAUACCUAGAAGGUGCUGACUGGGACAUAGAAAGGGGAUGUCUGAUCAAGAGCAAACCCAAGGUGCUGGUUGUGGACCUGCCCAUCCUGAAGAUCAUCCCCAUUGAGGUGCACCGCCUGAAGCUGCAGAACACCUUCCGGACGCCCGUCUACACCACCUCCAUGAGAAGGAACGCCAUGGGGGUCGGCCUGGUCUUCGAGGCUGACCUCUUUACCACCAGGCACAUUUCUCACUGGGUGCUGCAGGGGGUCUGCCUCACCCUGAAUAGUGACUAACCCUGGGGUGAAGGAAACCAGGGCAAUGCGUGAGUUUUGGUCUUGAGUGCUGCUGCUCCCUGAAGAGCCCUCAGUCCUAUCGUUCCUUGGGGGGCCUUGGGGGCAGGGAGGAUGACCCUGAUUUUCCUUUCAUUUAAAAUCAGUAUUUGAAUCUUUUUCCAUUAAAUUAACUCAAUGGUUGUAUUUUUUAAAUUGCUUUUAAAAAUAUAUACAUAUUUGUUUUUAGUUGCCAA